AUGCAACCGAGCAUGGCCAACCUAACCAUGCACCUCAAAGCUCAGUUUUAUCGCAUUCUUGUUCUGCCCCCCAUACUUGCACUCAUAGAGAAGGAAGCUACAGGACGUACAACGAACUCGGGAUCCUCAGCAACAACGGAUGCAGCAGCCGCAGCACCGGCCGCACCACCAGCAGAAGCAGCACCAACAACACCAGGUCAGAAGGAUACAGAGGUAACUACUAAUGAGCAGAUACCUCCUAAAGGGGAAUCCGGGUCCGCAAGCGAAAGCACAGCAUCGAAUCCAGACGCACUGGGCACUGGUGCUGGUGUACAACCCGAAGACCCCGACCAGAAGAAUACCAUCGUCGAUGGCGGCAACGAUGACCCCCCUCCUCUCAAUCCACCCAAACCAAAACCGAACCCGAACCCAAAUCAAUCGGGCAGUAGUGGCAGUUUCAGUGAUGCUGAUUUGGCGGAUGGAGUUUCUGGUGGGGAAGUAACGGCAGGUGGGGGUGGUCAAAAGGAUGGUGGAGCAGGUGCUGGCGUUGGUGGUGGUACUAGUGGUAGCGGACGUGCAGGAGGAGGUGGUGCCACAGGUGGAGAGCCAGGUGCAGGUAGCGUAGAUGCAGGAUCCGGUUCUACUGGUCACCAACCCCCUGGUUCCUCAGGACCAGGAUCUAGUCCAGUUCCGCCUAAACAGAACGAGGCAGCAGGGGGUGCCGCCGGCGCAGUGGAAGUAACCCCGGCCACUACUGGUGGCGGCCUCACAUGGGACGAUGUCAAGCCCUACACCCCCGCGAUCAUUCCAGCGGUGGUUGGUAUUGGGGUCAUUGUGUUCUUCCUAUGGAAGUACUUUGCGUACCUCGCUAAACGACGACGAACGUAUCGAACCGUUCGUGACGUGCCAUCACCGCCACUGGACGAAGAAAUUCUAGACCAUUUGCAACGCGACGCACCGCCACCCGAUUACGGGUACACCUUGGUUAGGGAUAGGCGGCCUGCAUCUGCUGCCGCACGACGACGCCGCGGACGACGCCCGCCACGCGUGCAUAAGCGCACGAUCAUCGAGCUACAUUUAGAAGUGCUGAACGAAUGUGACGCGGCAGAUUGGGAAAACGUCCAAGAAGACUAUUGGAAGAUUGUCGUGGAGGAGUUUGCGCGCGACUUGCAGCGGGACGGAAAGGGGUAUAGUAGUUUCCCGGAUGCUCCUAGCACACACCAGGGUUUAUCAGGGACCAAUGUUGCAUCCACCGUGGACCCACCCACUGAUUCCGACGGAACGGAUGCAUGUUCACCGCAUGACCCCGAUCCGUGGCGUUGUAUGGAAACCAUAGAGUUAGCAACGGACCCUUAUCCACCUAAUGACCCCGAUCCAUGGCGUUGUAUGGAAACCAUACAGUUACCAACGCACCCUUGUCCACCACAUGACCCCGAUCCAUGGAGUUGUAUGCAAAACAUACAGUUAGCAACGGAACCUGGUCCACCGAAUGACUCCGAUACAUGGAGUUGUAUGGACACCAUACAGUUAGAUGCAGAACAGAGUCGUGCUCAUUCCAACCCCGAACACGUGACGUCGCAUUGCACCCAAUGGAUCCCUUGGAUUGACCGCAAUAAGCAUAUGGUGCGGGCGUGCACGGGGCAACCGUGGUUUAAUGCCCUCAAAGCGGCAUGGAAACAAUAUCAGCGUGCACACAUGGCGGCAAACGCAGCAUCCGCUGACCACAGGCAAGCCGCAACCCUGGAAAGGAAGAAAUUGGAUGCAUGGAAAGAAUGGGUUGCAAAACAACAUGAGCUUAUGCAUAUAUAUGGUGAGGAGGAGUGGUUUAAGCAUUUGUUGAAUACUGUGCCGGAGAAGACAGUGCCGGGCAAACGCGCAGUACCUGGAGUGGACAACGACUUAGAAGUGGAAAGAGCAAUGGGAGCAGAAGAUGUUCUAAGCGUGAGAGAUUUACCGGCACAGCAACUGCAUCCGCACUCUUACAUGAAAAAACCGUUAACCGGCCACAAACUGUGGAUGCUAAUCCUCGCGUGCGUUAUAGAACAGUGCGCGGUCGAACGCAAUUUGCAGGAUAGGGAGUUACAUGUAGAUGACCUAUUGCACAAGCUCUGA